AUGGAGGCCCACUAUGGAGCUAGCAGUUCAUCUUCAAAACGACCAAGACUCGAGUCUGCACCGCAACUCAGUGGCCACCCGGCUAUCAGUACUCAGGUUCCCGUAUUCCCACCACUGGGUACCUUGGUUGACUCCCAAGCCCACAUGCAAACAGCCACCGAAGCACAUCCGUCUCCGAUAUACAGUCUGCUAGGACAGGCAAACUUAUUUGAACGCCUUAAUGGAGCGCAGAGAUUGACGUCAUCAUCAUCAUCACGUCCCGAAGGCUUUGGCAGAGGAGGAGUUUCGGUUGGAAACCGUACUACGGGCGCCGUUGGAGGUUCCAGCUUUUCGCGACAACAUCAAUCGUUUGGGCGGGGAGUCGAUGCUCCUGCGCCCACAAAGCCAGGUCCAGGAACAGGAAGCGACUUCAUUGAUCUAACAGCGGAUGACGAUGAAGUUUUUGAAGUGGAGCCAAAGGAAGUUUGCUUCGGGGUGAUCCGUGAGUCGAAGGUAUCUGCGCACACCGUUCCAACGCCUUUACCUGGUUCCGAUAAAUAUCAACAUGCAUGGCCACCAAUUCCAAUUGCUCUAAAGCGUGGAGGGAAUGCUUCGAUGUUGACUAUCUGUGCGUUCGAUACUAAGGGAAAGGAAUUCGGUUGUGUUGAUAUCAACACUGCGAGGGCGCUCGUUCCGCUGUUAGAUAUGAAGAUUGUACGGACUGUAGCGAGGACUUGCGGCAGAGCAAAAAACGGAGAGAUGGUCGGAGGGCCUAUCACGUCCUCGGACCCAGGUAUUUCGGUAUUUAUCCAUCUUUACGGGCAAGAAGACAAAGCAACCACGGUUGGGAACACCCUCACGCAGAAAGGUGUCGUUUUACACGAGCCAACAGAACAACUGGAGAAAGGGAUUGAAUACAAGAACCCGCAACUUCGUAAUGGCAUCAGACAGGUUUGGGGGGGAGGCAAAACUCGGGGACCGAAUGUCGGAUAUUUUGCAAGGACGGCGGAUGAGAUUCGCACGGAUGUGAAUAAAAUUUUUGAUCGCCUUGAGGAGUCAGAUAAUGUGCCUGAGAUGGAGGCCGAUCCGCGGAUAAAGACGCCCCUGCUCAAGCAUCAGAAGCAGGGGCUGUAUUUCAUGACCAACAAAGAGAAAGAACAGACGUUCAGCGAAGAUAGUAAGGUGAAUUCUUCUAUAUGGCGCAUACAGACACGCCCGGGAGGACAGAAAGUCUAUCUUAACAUCAUUACCGAGGUCGAAUCGAAGGAAAAACCUACUCAAGUGCUCGGAGGGAUCUUGGCAGAUAUGAUGGGGCUAGGGAAAACCCUCCAGGUUAUCUCGUUGACCGUCGGCUCACUUGAAGAGGCUAAGAUGUUCGCAAAGAAAAAGAUCCCAACUCCAAAAGGUAAAGAGAAGGGAAGCGAGAAUUUAUCAGUGAUAAACUCUAGGUCAACUCUGCUUAUUUGUCCGCUUAGCACUAUCGGCAACUGGGAGGAACAAAUGAAAGCGCAUCUAGAUGAAAAUACUCUCAAUACUUAUGUGUACCACGGCAGUAAGCGCGAGACGGACCUGAAUAAGCUUGCUGAGUACGACUUAAUCAUUACGACUUACCAAGUAAUCGCAAAUGAAUACCAAAAGUAUCAGAAGGACAAUGAAAAGAUUAGCCCACUGCAGAAAAUGUGUCUUUUUAGGAUUGUCUUAGAUGAGGCGCACAUGAUUCGUGAACAAAGUACUUUGCAAUCAAAGGCGGUCAUAGCAUUGAAUGCUCAGAGACGUUGGGCCGUGACUGGAACGCCUAUUCAGAAUAAACUCGAUGACCUGGCUGCCUUAAUCAAAUUUCUACGCGUUAAGCCUUUCGACGAUAAAGCUACAUUUAACCUACAUAUCGCAACGCCAUUCAAGAACGCCGAUCCCGAUUGUGUCCCUAAGCUCCGCCUCCUAGUUAACAGUGUAACUUUGCGAAGACUUAAAGAUAAACUUAACCUCCCCCCUCGCAACGAUCAAAUCAUAUAUCUCGAAUUUAGCCCGGAAGAACGUGAGAUCUAUGAUGCCACAGCACGACAAUCCACGGCUAGAAUGGAUCUUGUUGUAAAGACUGGCCAUGUUGGUGGUCGUGCAUACGUCCACGUUCUGCAGUCUAUUCUCCGCCUCCGUCUCAUCUGCGCUCACGGGAGAGAGCUUCUUGGUAGUGAUGAUACUGCUGGGCUAACUUCCUCCGACGCAAUUGACGUGGAUGAGCUUGAAGAAAAAACUGGGUCUUCGUGGUCUGUGAAGCAGGCAUAUGAGAUUUUUAAGCUCAUGAAAGAGGCGAAUGAAGAUGUCUGCUGUAUUUGUCGGAAGAAGGUCAACACUCCCAUCAACAACGAAGCUGAAACGAAGGCGGAGGGGAAAGCUUCUGGCUCUAGUAAACAACUAAUAGGGCAUCUUACGCCAUGCGCACAUCUUAUUUGCGUUGGAUGUGUUGGGACAUAUAAAGGUGCUAUAUCAGAAAACUUCCGGGAAGGACAACAAGCUUCCUGCCCAGUUUGUGGCAUAUUCACCAGGAUGCACCUUUUUGAGCUGUUGCAAGAAGAUUUGGCCGCAGAGGAGGACAUUGUCGAAUCUGUUAAACCUUCAAAGAAGAAGGUCCCAUAUAGAGGUCCGAGUACAAAGGUUAAAGCUCUUACGAAAAUGUUGCUCGAGAACAAGAAGGAAAGCACACCGGAGAAUCCGAUAAAGAGUGUUGUUUUUUCCUGCUGGACUAGUCAUAUGGACCUUAUUGAGCUUGCUUUCAACGCCAACAAAAUUAAAUUUGUUCGCCUGGAUGGCCGCCUUUCUAGGGCGCAGCGAGACCGAGCUAUGGCGGAUUUUCGUAGGGAACCGGAUAUCGAGGUUAUUCUAAUUUCAAUAAUGGCUGGUGGUUUAGGCCUGAACUUGACGGAUGCUUGUAAAGUGUACGUCAUGGAGCCACAGUUCAACCCUGCCGCUGAAGCGCAAGCAAUCGACCAUAUUGCAGCUGCAAAGGAAGAAAAUGGAUUUGGCGAAGCUCUCAAUGCAGAAAUUGUCAAGAAGCGAGUUGACGAAGCAGAGGUUGGAAGAUCUUAG